AUGACAUUCACAAGUCGUUCUACUGCUAGGACUAAGGAGGAUGCAAAUUUAGAUCGAAAUUUUGAUACGGAGGAAGAUGAUGUGGAAUAUAACGAAUCCGAAGAUGAAGAUUAUGAUCCAACCAAGGAUAAUUCGGAAGAUAAUAAUAGCCAGUCACAUGACAUUAAUCAACGUGUCAAAGGAUCUUCCGAACAGGAGGACAUUACAGAAGAUGACCGCAAGGAAAUGAAAAAGUAUAAAAUGAUUGAGUCGUCCAACGGCGGUUUAGUUAAAACUCGACACCAGCGUGAACAAGAAAUUGAAAGAAGCAAAAAUGAAAAAUGGCAACAUUCCAUGAACAAAUCUAAAAAGGGAGGUAGUCUGGACAUUGAUUCUAUUUGGGCAGAGCUUCAAGGCAAAUCGCAUGAAGUUCUGGCACGAAAGAGAUCGCCCUCUUUAGAUUCAACAGUGGAGACCAACGUCUCUAGCAAUAUUAAAACACAACGUGUAUCUGCCCCUUCACUGGCCAAAGAACCGCCUAGAAAGAUCAAAAUCAAGCGUACAUAUGAAUUUGCCGGAAAGGUUGUAACAGAGGAAAAAUGGGUUGAUAGCUCGUCACAAGAAGCACGUGCACAGCUCAAUUCUUUAAAGCUCGAGGGAGUUAGUAAGAAUUCGGCUGACAAGCCAAAGUCAGCCACUAAAAGAAAGCUUAAUAGCCAAAGGCAACACCCUAAACUUCGGAGAAAGCGAAGAAGGCCCGGCUUGUUAGAGGCUGUCAUCAAUGGGUCUUCUGCAGCCAAAAUUUCAACAUUGGAGAAGUCACGAUUGGAUUGGGCCAAGUAUGUCGAUAAAGAAAAGAUACAUGAGGAGCUUAAAUAUAAAAACAAAGCCGGCUAUCUCGACAACCAAGACUUUCUGAACAGAGUGAAUACUCGUCAGGAUACCCUUUAUAGGGAUGCAAAGGCAGGCGCUCGGAAAAAGCAGUAA